AACAUUGUCGCAUUAACAAUUUAAUAGUGAACACCAGCAGCAGAGCAGUUGAGGACGCGUUCACUGCUUUAUUUUUUAAAUAAAAAAAUUAAUUAGUUAUUAAUUAUUAAUUAUAUUUAUAAAUAAAAAAAAUGGCUUUCCGUAUAAGAUCCUUACUCGCGAUCGGUUGUGCUCUGCUCGCUGUCUCCGCAACAGUCAGUGCAGCUGCCAUUGAUAAUUCCGUUGGAGAGCCACGCAUACAGACUUCUGAUGAAUUGAUUACGAGCAUUGUGGAAAAUUGCUUCCAUGCCAAUGCUAUGUUUUGCUUAAAGGAGAAAGUUUUGACAUAUCUGGAUAAUGUUGCUGGUGUUGAGGAGGAAGUUAGUGGACGCGCUUUCAAUGACGAUGUCAUCGAUAAAGUUAUUUUGGAUCGCGUUGCUCGGAUUUUGAACACAAAUGAGAUACGUGUUCAAUUACCUGAAACCGUUUUUGCAAGCUCUGUUGUUAGUUAUCGUGCCGAUCGUGGAUUCGAUUUGGAAGUACCCCAAACUGAAGCUCGUGCCGAAAAGAAGAAUAAGGAGAAACUCUUCCUGCCAUUGUUGUUGCUCAUGAAAUUGAAAUUGAAGGUCAUCAUGCCCAUAAUUAUGUCAUUGAUUGGACUCAAAGCAUUCAAGGCUUUGAUUUUGUCGAAAAUCGCUAUUAAACUUGUACUUGGCUUCCUCAUCUAUAAUUUAAUACAAAAAUUAGGAGGUAUGAAAAUGACCAUGAUGCCAAUGCCACCAAUGCCUGCCCCCGAAUAUGGUGUACCAAGCACUACUGCCUCAUCAUAUGACCCAAGCAGUUGGGAACCUCAAAGCGGUGGUCCAUACGCACGUUGGGAUGCACAAAAUUUAGCCUACAGCUCAUACCAUCCUAGUAGCUCAUCAUACUCCAGCAGUACCGGUUCCAGCUAUAGUUCAUCUUCUUAA